CGGCAGCCGCGGUAGCGGAGAAGACUGAAGCUCCGAGGAGCUGCAUCUGCGGCAACCUGUGUGCUGAGCUACGUGUCUCCUGGCUCCGACCUAGCUCGCAGCUCCCCCCAGUCUCACUCCAUUCCUUCCCCACCUGGUGCGCACCUGCUCAAGACCUGGGUCCUGCCAAGCGCUAGGAGGGCGCGUGCCAGGGGCAGUAGGGAACUGCGGAGCGCGCGCGCCAUGGGGCCGCCGCCUGGGGCCGGGGUCUCCUGCCGCGGUGGCUGCGGCUCUUCCAGAUUGCUGGCAUGGUGCUUCCUGCUGACCCUGAGUCCGCAGGCACCCGGUUCCCGGGGGGCCGAAGCAGUGUGGACCGCGUACCUCAACGUGUCCUGGCGGGUUCCGCACACCGGAGUGAACCGUACGGUGUGGGAGCUGAGCGAGGAGGGCGUGUACGGCCAGGACUCACCGCUGGAGCCUGUGGCUGGGGUCCUGGUACCGCCCGACGGGCCCGGGGCGCUCAACGCCUGUAACCCGCACACGAAUUUCACGGUGCCCACGGUUUGGGGAAGCACCGUGCAAGUCUCUUGGUUGGCCCUCAUCCAGCGCGGCGGGGGCUGCACCUUCGCAGACAAGAUCCAUCUGGCUUAUGAGAGAGGGGCGUCUGGAGCCGUCAUCUUCAACUUCCCCGGGACCCGCAAUGAGGUCAUCCCCAUGUCUCACCCGGGUGCAGGAGACAUUGUUGCAAUCAUGAUCGGCAAUCUGAAAGGCACAAAAAUUCUACAAUCUAUUCAAAGAGGCAUACAAGUGACAAUGGUCAUAGAAGUAGGGAAAAAACAUGGCCCUUGGGUGAAUCACUAUUCAAUUUUUUUCGUUUCUGUGUCCUUUUUUAUUAUUACGGCAGCAACUGUGGGCUAUUUUAUCUUUUAUUCUGCUCGAAGGCUACGGAAUGCAAGAGCUCAAAGCAGGAAGCAGAGGCAAUUAAAGGCAGAUGCUAAAAAAGCUAUUGGAAGGCUUCAACUACGCACACUGAAACAAGGAGACAAGGAAAUUGGCCCUGAUGGAGACAGUUGUGCUGUCUGCAUUGAAUUGUAUAAACCAAAUGAUUUGGUACGCAUCUUAACCUGCAACCAUAUUUUCCAUAAGACAUGUGUUGACCCAUGGCUGUUAGAACACAGGACUUGCCCCAUGUGCAAAUGUGACAUACUCAAAGCUUUGGGAAUUGAGGUGGAUGUUGAAGAUGGAUCAGUGUCUUUACAAGUCCCUGUAUCCAAUGAAAUAUCUAAUAGUGCCUCCUCCCAUGAAGAGGAUAAUCGCAGCGAAACCGCAUCAUCUGGAUAUGCUUCAGUACAGGGAGCAGAUGAACCGCCUCUGGAGGAACACGUGCAGUCAACAAAUGAAAAUCUACAGCUGGUAAACCAUGAAGCAAAUUCUGUGGCAGUGGAUGUUAUUCCUCAUGUUGACAACCCAACCUUUGAAGAAGACGAAACUCCUGAUCAAGAGACUGCUGUUCGAGAAAUUAAAUCUUAAAAUCUGUGUCAAUAGAAAACUUGAACCAUUAGUAAUAACAGAACUGCCAAUCAGGGCCUAGUUUCUAUUAAUAAACUGGAUAAAUUUAAUAAAAUAAGAGUGAUACUGAAAGUGCUCAGAUGGCUAAUACUAUGCUAUAGUUAAAUGGCUUAAAAUAUUUAACCUGUUAACUUUUUUCCACAAACUCAUUAUAAUAUUUUUCAUAGGCAAGUUUCCUCUCAGUAGUGAUAGCAACAUUUUUAGACAUUCAAAACUGUCUUCAAGAAGUCACGUUUUUCAUUUAUAACAAUUUUCUUAUAAAAACAUGUUGCUUUUAAAAUGUGGAGUAGCUGUAAUCACUUUAUUUUAUGAUAUAUCUUAAUGAAAAAUACUACUACUUUAGCUUGGGCUAUAUGUGUCAGGGUUUUUCUCCAGGUGCUUAUAUUGAUCUGGAAUUGUAAUGUUAAAAGCAAUGCAAACUUAGACUAGUACUUCUUGAAAUGUCUAUUUAAGCUGCUUUAAGUUAAUAGAAAAGAUUAAAGCAAAAUAUUCAUUUUAACUUUUUCUUGUUUUUAAAAUUAGGCUAAAUGUACUUCAUGUGAGUGUCAACCAUAGUUUAUCAGAGAUUAUGGACUUAAUUGAUUGGUAUAUUAGUGACAUCAACUUGACACAAGAUUAGACAAAAAAUUCCUUACAAAAAUACUGUGUAACUAUUUCUCAAACUUGUGGGAUUUUUCAAAAGCUCAGUAUAUGAAUCAUCAUACUGUUUGAAAAUGGUAAUGACAGAGUAAGUAACACUAAUAUUGGUCAUUGAUCUUCGUGCAUGAAUUAGUCUACAGAAAAAAAAGUUCUGUAAAAUUAGUCUGUUGAAAAUGUUUUCCAAACAAUGUUACUUUGAAAAUUGAGUUUAUGUUUGACCUAAAUGGGCUGAAAUUACAUUAGAUAAACUAAAAUUCUGUCCAUGUAACUAUAAAUUUUGUGAAUGCAUUUUCCUGGUGUUUGAAAAAGAAGGGGGGGAGAAUUCCAGGUGCCUUAAUAUAAAGUUUGAAGCUUCAUCCACCAAAGUUAAAUAGAGCUAUUUAAAAAUGCACUUUAUUUGUACUCUGUGUGGCUUAUCUUUUGUUUUAGAAUUUUGUUCAACUUAUAGCAGAAUUUAGGCAAAAAUAAAACAGACAUGUAUUUUUGUUUGCUGAAUGGAUGAAACCAUUGCAUUCUUGUACGCUGAUUUGAAAUGCUGUAAAUAUGUCCCAAUUUGUAUUGAUUAUCUUUAAAUAUAAAAUGUAAAUAAAAUAUUCCAAUAAAAGUUUGUGUCUGGUGUUAGUUUAA